UUGGAAUCGACUCAUGGCUAAACCACCAAGAGGGAAACUGGGUAUAGAGUUUAAGCUUACAGGAAAAUAUAUGGUCACAAUUGGACUACUAAUGGCCCUUAUUUUGGCAAGAGGUAGUGCUCUCAAUAGCCCUUUGGUGAGAACAAGUCAAACUGGAUUAAGGAUACCGACAAAUGCCCCUGUGCUUACGCAGAGUCAAAGCAGUGGAGAAGAAGAUGUCGUUGUAUUAGAAUCCGGCAUCAUCGGAAUUAUUUGGGAUGCAAUUAUGUGGCUUUUGACGAUAAUUUGGAAGGGACUUGUAUGGCUCGGUGAGAAAAUUUGGGCUCUCAUGUUGAUAAUCCCAUGGUGGUUGGUGCUAAAGAUUACACUUGUACUUAUCGUCAUUGCUGUUAUAACUGCAGUUGUAGGGUAUUUUGUAAUGAGAAUUUGGCUAAAGCACAGGCAGUCUACGAAUUAUGACUACAAUAUUUUUGACGACCCAGAACUAUCAGCAAUGGAUAAAUUAUCAUUAAGGAAUCUACGCAUAGAAAUUCCGUCUAGUUUGGCAAAAUUGAUAUCCUCUAGUAAAGGAUCAGCUCAGCAUAAUGGACAGCAGAUUAUUUUUAAUCAGGCUCCAGGAAGGACACUCGCUGUUAGGCUGAACUCUUCAAUCGGACAAUGCAGACAGUACAAAUACUUUGAGAUAGAUUUAGUAGAAAAUUCAGAUGAUUCUGCUGUGUAUAUUGGCUUAUGAGAGAAACAAAACUUUCAUAAUGACCAGUUGCCAGAUACUGCUGAUACAACUGUGAUUUUUGAUGGAACUACUGGCGAUGUCCAGGUUGGACAGAAAAAUAAAUAAAUUUAACUACCAAAUGAAAUAUUUCGGAGAUGUAGGAGGCCUUCUCUUAUACAAAGAUUUUGAAGAUUCCGAAGAUAGAUGAGAGGUAGUUCCCACAAGUAACGGGACUCUUUGUAAUAACCUUGAAAUGCCUGAUGAAAUUCAGUCACGCAAGACUUUUCUGAGCAAGCAUUAUAAGAAAUAAAAAGAAAUCGAAAACCAAAGCGGCUGACAAAAAGGAGGAUAAAGAGAAAGAUAAGUUAGAGAAGAAAAGAAAGAAGGAAAUGAUGAAGCAUAAGUUGUUCAUACCAAAUCAUAAAGGGCUUUAUCCUUUCAUUGCUUGAGAUGGGCCAUGCACCUUCGACGUAAAUUUUGGAAGACAAGUUUUCCAUUGCCAUCAUGAAGAGUUUGAAAAAGGAUUAAUGCAGUAA